UAUUUGUGAGUACUCGUGAUCACUGAUGAGUUUUGCGGAGCUGCAGGAGAGUAGGCGCGUGCGUGUGGGCGUGUGAGUGCGCGCGCCUGAGUGUGUGUGGAUCUCUUCAGCACGGACUGCAAACUUUGCGCGCGCGCGUGUGUGUGUGAGAGCAGUAAAGAUGGAGGGAGUUACACAGUGAGCGCGCGGACCCUGGAUUUUCUAUAAUAAUAAUAAUAAUAAUAAUAAUAAUAGUAAUAAUGUACGCUGGACGGAAGAGGAGGAAGCCCGUGCAGAGAGCGGUGAAGGCUCCUCCCACUGAGGGGGUGAAGUCCAACCCCUCCAAGCGCCACAGGGACCGCCUGAAUUCAGAGCUGGAGCGACUGGCCCGCCUGCUGCCCUUCCCCGAGGAGGUGACCUCCAGCCUGGACAAACUGUCCAUCCUGCGGCUCAGCGUCAGCUACCUGAGAGCCAAGAACUUCUUCACCGUCGCCCUCAAGAACCACACCAACAGCAGUAACCAUGACAACAGUAAAGCCACGGGAUUGGUGGACGGAUGGCUGCCAGAGGGGGAGCUGCUUCUGCAGGCUCUCAGUGGGUUUGUGCUGGUGGUCACAUCCGAAGGGAUCAUAUUCUACGCUUCACACACGAUUCAGGAUUACCUUGGAUUCCAUCAGACGGAUGUAAUGCACCAGUCAGUGUUUGAGCUGAUUCAUACAGAGGAUCAGCAGGCUUUUAGACGGAACCUGCAUUGGGCCCUCAACCCCCCAUCCACUGCAGCCCCGACCCACGAGUCCCCACAAGAUGGAGACGGCGUCUCCAGCUCAGCUCUGGUGACCUACAACCCCGAGCAGCUCCCGCCUGAAAACUCCUCCUUCCUGGAACGGAGCUUUGUCUGCCGCUUCCGCUGCCUCCUCGACAACUCCUCCGGGUUUCUGGCGCUGAAUCUACAGGGCCGUCUCAAGUUCCUCCACGGGCAGAACAGACGACUGGACGAUGGGGGUCAGGUCCCGCCCCAGCUGGCCCUGUUUGCUGUAGCCACACCCCUCCAGCCUCCCUCCAUUCUGGAGAUCCGCACCAAAAACAUGAUCUUCAGAACCAAGCACAAGCUGGACUUCACUCCAAUGGCCUGUGACGCCAAGGGUAAGAUCGUUCUGGGCUACACCGAGGCAGAAUUAAGAGUCAGAGGAACCGGUUACCAGUUCAUCCACGCAGCCGACAUGUUGUACUGCGCAGAGAACCACGUUCGCAUGAUUAAGACUGGGGAGAGUGGCCUGACGGUGUUCCGACUCCUCACAAAGGACAACCGUUGGAAAUGGGUGCAAGCCAACGCUAGACUCGUGUACAAGAAUGGCAAGCCUGACUAUAUCAUCGCUACACAGAGGCCACUCGGAGAGGAAGAAGGAGGCGAGCAUCUGAGGAAACGCUCCAUGCACCUCCCUUUCACCUUUGCCACAGGGGAGGCCUUGCUGUACGAGACCAGUUACCCUAUUCCUGGCUUCCCUAACAACAUGCUAACCAAAGGCAAGAGUGGCAGGGCCAAGAAGGGAAAGGGGGACAAAGGCUUCAAAGAUUCGCUGGACCCAAGUUCCCUGCUGGGGGCAAUGAUGAGGCAGGACGAGUCUGUGUACGUCUGCCAACCUGCAGUAGAGCCCAAACUACCAUACCACAGCAGCCUGUUUGGUGAGCUUGGACAAACUAGUGCUUUUUCUGCAACUGGAGAAAGGUGGGACUGUGUGCCAGACACCAUAACUGGAGGCUCCAAGCCAGAUCUGUCGAGUUUUGACCCCCUGCUUUCCACACUGGACUCUCUAUCCUUGGAGAGUGAGGAGAACUGCUCCAACAGUGAGUUGUUCAAUGCACUGGAGAACCUUGGACUGAACGCUGAGGAUCUGGAGCUUCUUCUCCUGGAUGAGAGGAUGAUCCGGGUGGAGAUGGAGCCACAUUACAUCCCAUCCCUCAACGACCUCCUCACCAACAACGAGAUCCUCUCCUAUAUCCACGAUUCACUGGAGAAUCAGACUGUGGAUUCUACCUGCGAUGGAGACAGUCAAGUUCCUGUUCCUGUACCGGACCUUCUGGACCCUGUUCAAGGUCCAUCUGAGCCCUAUGUCCCUCCCCCUGGCCCUGUCACUGAGCCUGACCCUACUGCUGUGUCAAGUACGUACCUUCCCUACCACCUGUCUAGGCAAGUGUCCCCUAUCCUGCAACUCUCACAGCAGAUGCAGCAGCACCUGAGUGCUCAGUCUCUACACAAUAAAUGUCAUACCUGGAUACCUGAGCCACAGGGAAGCAAAACCAACGUGGACAGGCUACCUCAGAACAGCUCUGGACUAGUUAAUGCAGUUACUGGGGUCCACAAUGGUCACUGGAUCCCUCAACACACACAGGCAAGUCUGGACGAUCCCACUGAGGUCAAUAGCAAGUUGCCGGAAACAAAUAAACAGCAACAGAGUUGGCAGGAUGGCCAGCUUCAGUCCCAGUGUCCCUACAAACAAAAACCUUCUCAUGAAAGUGACCCUCACAAUGGGGUCUACAGUGAUGCCCAAUGGCAAGGAUACAACUUCAUAAACCAGGUGGACCCCUCAGCCAGUGGAUCUUGUGCAGGGAAUUCCCAUGUGGAUUACAAUAUCGCCACUGGGUCAGGGAUGGAAUUUACAAUGAAUAGUAACUCAGUAGGAGACAUAUGCCAGUUUCAGGGUGUUGUCGCAACAUCCUCAUCCUUUCAGCAGGUUUAUCAGAAGCAGCAACAGCCAAAGGCCCCACCCACAUUUUUCUCCUAUACCAAUCAGAACUCCUCACUGGAGCAUAUCCUAGUUUUGCCCCCACCUCAGGAACUCCCAUCAUUGGAUGCCUAUGAAAUAUUUGACUCAGCCCCACCACAUGACACCAUCCACAGCAAGACGGAAAACGGCUGUGUCCUCAACUCCACCAGUGUGGCCUACACAGCAAACUGCCUGCUACCCAACGGCACCGUGGCAACCGCGCCCAACAACAGCCCCCACCCCCGUCCUGAGCCCCUCCCACCAAUCCCUGAUCCGCAGACCACUGGCUUCUACCUCUAACGGCCCCCACGCCACGGACCGAUCAGCACAAAACCUUCCCCGGGCCCAGAGGGGGCGUCGGACUGACCGUCAGGAAGAAAAGACUUGAAAAUGAACUGUAGAGGAAACUGUCGUUCCUUGUGUCGAUCUGUUUCGGAUCCAGAUGUCAAAUUUUGAUGCUGAACGAUAAGGUGGGACGUCUGCGUUAACCAGAGUUAACGGAGUUGAUAAGUAAAGAUAAAAUGACGACGAGCGAGUGCAGUGUUGGCAGGUCACCGGUCAUCCAGUGUUGACCUACAGAUUAUCACGCUAGAUGGCGAAGAUGCAGUGUUAGCGAUGUUAUUGGUCAGUAUGUGUCAGUGCAGUAUGCGAAAAUGUGUGUGCGUGU